CCGCACCUGCGCCACCGUCGCUUUGCGCCCCCAUUUUGCCAUGGCCUCCCCCGCCGCCGCCUCCCGCGCGCGCCGGCUCUCCGACAUCUUCUCCUCGACCACGCCACGCGCCCAACCACCCAAGCCCAAGCCUGCGCCCGCUCCCGCGCUGGCCCCGAAAGUGGCCGCCGCCGCCUCCCGCGCGCUCCGGCUCUCCGACAUCUUCUCCUCGAACACACGACGCGCCCAACCACCCGCACCCGCGCCUGCGCCGGCUCCGAACGUGGCCGCCGGCGAGGCGGAAGCGAAACCCAACGCGGGCCGCAGCCACGCGAUGCCAAUCGGCAGAAUCGUGAAGGCCAUCUUCCAGGAGCGCGAUCCGGACAAGCUGGUAUCCAAGUUCAUCGCCGCAUCGGCCGCGUCCCAGCGCUUCCGCGAGAAGCACCGCGUGUACGAGGUGGCCGUGUCCCGCCUCAAAUCCUUUGGCCGCUGCGACGCCAUCACGGCAAUCCUCGACUCGCAGAAGCCUUUCCUUGAGGCCUCCGGCGAGGACUUCGCCCGGCUGCUCGUCCGCCUCUACGGCCUCGCCUCCCUGCCGUCCCACGCCGCUGCGACCUUCCAUGACCUUCCCCAAAAGCACAAGUCCGUCAUGACCUUCAACGCCGUCCUCGCUGCCUACCUCAAAGCCCGCGACUUCGACGCGCUGGCCACCGCGUUCCAGCAGAUCCCGGCCUCACACCCAACCAUUGUCCCCAGUGUAUACUCUUACAACAUACUCAUCAGCGCGCUGUGCCAGAAGCCGGACCUCUCUGCCGCCCUCGACGUCAUCCCGCUCAUGGAGAAGUGUGGUCUUACACCUAAUGAGGUAUCUUUCGGCAUUCUGCUUAAUGGGUUCUACAGAAAUGGUCGCUUUGAUGAUGCCGAGAAAGUCCGGGAGAUGAUGGAGAGGAAUGUUAAGCCGAAUGUAAAGUGCUACAAUGCAAAGCUGCGGGAUCUGGUUGCCCAAGGGAGGAUUCAGGAUGCAGUUGCUGUAAUUGAGGCGAUGCAGAAGGAUGGGCCUAAACCUGAUUCAGUGUCCUACAAUGAGCUGAUUCGAGGGUAUUGCAAGGAAGGGAAAUUGGAAGAGGCCAAGAAGGUAUAUGAUGAUCUGGUAAAGAAUGAAUGUGCACCAAAUAGGGGCACAUUUCAUACCCUUGUAUCACAUUUUCUUGAGGCUGGGGAGCUUGAUCUUGCUCUAAAUUGCUACCAUGAGAUCUUUAGUUGGAAGUGCAGAGUGAAAUGCUCAUUGCUGCAGGGGGUAGUGACUGCAUUGGUCGCUGCAUCUAGAGUGGAGGAGGCUACCAGUAUUGUUAAGCUUGGGUGGAAGAACAACUAUUCUCCAAUGGAUUUAAAUCUGCCAGCACUAAUUGAAAAAGACAAAGUUGUAGAAGCUGAAAUGGAUUGCCAUAAUUCUGUACCGAAUGAUGGAGGGGAGCGAGUUGGAGCCUAAAACUUCUUGAUGGUCUGAUGAGGAUAUAAAAAUGUAGGUUAGCCAUUGAUAUGCCAUGAUGCUAUGACGAUGCAAACAGUGCCUGCUUUACUGUUUUGUUGGUCUGAUACAACAGAGGUGCAUUUAAAACUGCAAUCAUCUAAUACUUAAAUAAGAUAUAUAUUUACAGUAAUUGCUUGGUGUUGCCUAGAAUGCCUAGCUUCAGAAUUGAGAAUUUUUGUCACAUGGCAGGAAAAGUGUUAAUUCUAUUAGAUUUAAUGCUUUUUGUUCUGUAACCAUUCGUAUUUAUCAUUAAUUGCGUUUGGAGGAGUUUUGUGGUGCAUCUGAAUCAUAACCACUGUUCAUUGGUAGCAAUCCUGUGAGUAAUAGUCUAAAGUACCUAUGUAAAAAGGUGUUUUAUCUGGUCUA